CCAUUUGAUCGGCGUCGGGGUGGAGUUUGUGUAUUAGAGAGUUUUAUAAAAUGAUCAGCCAUCGCUAAGUUUAUGCAUCUAAUUGACAAUCGUCUGCUAUAAGCAAUUUUUUUUGUUUGUUUGCUCAAUUAUUUUUAUACGAUUCGUAUCUAUUCUUUCGCCUGUCAACAAUUAUUUUUUUUUUAUCAAACAUGUCUUACCGCUGGAUAAUUAUUUUCCAACGAUUAGUUAUCGAGGUGUUGCUCAUAAUUUGUGGUGCCAAAGCAAAAGGUACAGCAGAAAUAAAAUUGCUUAAGUUUGUCAAUCCAACUGGAAAUACUUUUUACGGUUCAUGUUGUGAUUACAAGGGAUUUUGGUCUUUCGAAUGUACCGAAUGCGACCAUGCGUUCAAGAUAUGUAUCGGGAACACAACAGAGUCAAGUAGCAUGGACACAUGUGAAUUUGGGAAGCAAACUACAGGAGCAGUAAAGAAAAAUGAAAUUCAAUUUACCUCUGACAUCGGUGGAACUAAAAACCCUCUAAAAUUCUCCAUCAACACCAUGCCGAGCUUCAUGAAAAUCAAAAUUGAUGUGAUAGAUCAAGAUGGUUUUGGAAACUUUGAUUUCAUUGAUCAUUAUGAAUAUCCAAUAUUCCCCACCAAUUUGACCAAUCAACAAGAUUCUGCAAGUCAGGAGCUGGAACUAAUUGGUGAAAAUUCUGAAUUGCAGCUUGAAAUAAAAGAAUACUGUAAUGACGAUUACUACGGUUCAACAUGCGAUGUCCAUUGUAUAGAACGGGAUGAUGACGAUGGCGGCCAUUAUACAUGUGAUAAACAUUCAGGAAAGAAAAUCUGUAAUCCAGGAUGGUCAGGUGAAUCAUGUCAAAACAAUAUUGACGACUGCGUGGGAAACGGUUGCAAGUUCGGUUCAACAUGUGAAGAUAAACUCGGAUUUUAUACCUGUACCUGCCCAGCAGGUAUAACAGGUCGCUACUGUGAAGCAGAAAUUAACGAAUGUGCAUGGUUCCAUUGUCUCAACGGAGGUAGAUGUCAGGAUGGUCGCGCGUCCUUUUUAUGUAUCUGUCCUGCAAAAUAUACAGGGUCUCGGUGUGAACGAGAAAUCAAUGCUUGUGACAGUUCUCCUUGUUUAAAUCAGGCUACAUGCAGUGUAGGAAAUGACUCUUCUUUGUUUAUCUGCGAAUGUAUAGAAGGCUACACUGGUAGAUUUUGUGAAACUUCAAGAGACAACUGCCAACAAAACAACUGCCUUAACGGUGCAACCUGCAUUGACCUACAAAGCGGUUAUGACUGUCGAUGUGCUCCUGGUUUUACUGGUUCGAGAUGUGAAGUCGAUGUUAAUGAAUGUAGCAGCGACCCGUGUUUACAUGGUGGCAUUUGUUACGACAGAGUGAAUAGCUUUAGAUGUGAUUGCCCGAAGGAAACCAGUGGAGAAAUGUGUGAAGAUAAUUAUCUCUCAUCAUCAAUUAGCGUUACUACCGAACGUGACAGUAGUCAUCAAUAUACAGUCAAAUCUAAUUCCUCUGACGUAAUAUCUACAGAAAAGCAAUCUGUAGAUAUAUUUAUCCCAACAAGUACAAAUACCAGCAUUUUAAAAAUAUACACUACAGAAAGCACCCAGUUAAACGUAACUCAAGAAUUAAAUCAAAGUGGGACAAUUGAAUAUGGAUUAACCACCAAUUCUUCUGAUUUUCUUCUUGAUAAAAGUAACGCCACCUUAACUACAGUAUCGUCGGAAUCUCAUACGGUUAAAUAUAACUCGAAGGAUAUCACUUCAGCAACAGAAGGCUUGCUUUUGGCAACUAUCAAUGCUUCAAAUCCACAAACUGUUGAACCGUUUUAUGUGCCUGUCACUGUAGUCACAGAGAAACCCAUAGUGGUUACUGAUUGUUUGGUUAUCAAAACAUUCCGAUCCAAUAAACUAAACCAGAUACUCUCACAAAAUAAAAAAUACACUGUUUGUUGGUGGGUCUAUGAUUCCAUCUUGCCACCCAUGUCUAACCCUGGUACAAGAUAUACUGAAAACCAGAACGAAGCGUAUAUUUGGUUUGAAGACACUAUGAACGAUUUAUUGCCUUUAACUUCAAAAUCGACUGCAGUAAAUAUAAACAGAGACGAAAUAUUGUCAUAUUUAAAAAAUAGUUUACAAAUAAUUGAUAACAGCUCUGAAAAUAAAUUUUCACACAAUUUAGUUGAUACACCAUGUAUUCAAAUUUGGAUGAAAGCAAAACGGAGAGGAUACGGGUAUUUGAACACAAAACGGGGAGAUCCAAAUGUUGAAUAUAAAAGCAAGUUGAAUGUUAAACGAAGAUUUCUAUCAUCUAAGAUGCUUUACUGCAAACAAAACUAUAACUUGGCUGUUACAACAGAUACAAAAGGCUUGCGGAAUGAAACGAAACAAGCAUCAAUAUUGUCACAGUCAACGUCUAUGGAGAAGGAAACUACGAACAUAUCGACAUUACCACAGUCAACAUUAUUGACGAACAAAACCAGAUACAUAACAACAUUACCUCAAUCAACGUUAUUGACCAAUCGCUCCACACGCUUGCCAGCAUUAUUAGAACCAACUUCAUUGAAAACGAAAACCAUGCGUAUAUUAACAAUAUCGCAACCGGCGUUACAGAUAAACGAAACAAUUAUUAUGCCAACAAUAUCAGAAAUAAUUUCGCUGAAUAACAAGAGCUCACAAGUAUCGAAACUGCUACAAACAACGUCAGGGAUUAACAAAACAAUACACAUGACAAGACAUGCUGUUUCCACCUCACCGAAAGAAACGACCACUGUCGGAGUAAGACGGUUUCACUUACUUCUGAGGAAACUUAACAGAACUCAUUACCAGGAGCGCUUUUCAUCAAUCAUAAACAGAGAUGGCAACAAACCAAAAAUGGUGUUGACCGUUCUUCGGACAGCCAAGAGAAUCUACCAGGUUGGAUCUGACUCAGCUCGUAAAGUUUACAGAAAAACAAAACUUCUUCUGCAUAUGACAUUAAAGCAACUCUCUACAAUUUGGAUUUCCGUAAAAACUUUUGCAGUUCAACCGAUCUCUAAAACUCAGGAAACUAUUAGACAGACAUGGUUAAAGGUUAAUAAAGCAUUCACUAAAACUCGCCAAUUAUUACAAGAUGCUUAUAUGUUGGCACGGAAUAACUUCAAAAAUAUUUAUCAACGAAUGAAGGAAAACACUUCAAAUCUGUCAAGAGACAGCUAUCAGAAAUAUUACAAUUAUUACAACAGCUAUAGCAGAAAAAUUAACAAAGUAUCGAGAUAUUUUUCGAAUAUGUAUAAAAAUUAUACAAAUAAUUUGCAGAAAUAUUGGGAGAAAUUUAAUAAAUAUGGCAACGUUAAUAACAAACGCCGUUGAUGACAAUGUUUCUCUCUCACCAUCACUUCAACAUUCUUUCUUGGUUUCUGUCUGUCUUUCUGU